AUGAAUCUAAAUGUUCGGAAAAUAGUAAUGAAAGUUAAAGACGAUAGUUCAUCAUCUGAGGAUGAACUUAUCAAUAUUAAUUUGUUACCUGUAUUGUCAUGUACUGCACAACUUCUUCUUCAGAACAAUGCUAGUUCAAGCAACAUUCAAAGGAGAAACACAAUCCACAGAGAUCGUUUAGAGGCUAAACAACUGUUGAUCCAACAUUAUUUUGUGGAUGAUUCAACCUAUGGUCAUGCGCAAUUCCGCAGAAGGUUUCGUAUGAGAAAAUGUUUAUUUAUGCGACUUGUUGGUGACCUGGAGAUGAAUUAUCCUUAUUUUCAAGCAACAUGGGAUGCAACAAAUCAAAGAAUUUUCAGUGCGCUACAAAAUGCACAUCAACAAUACAUUAAUUAG